UCGGAUUGGAUGCGAAGAAGAAGAUUGCAACAUAGCUGGCUAUAGGGGAGGAUCUGUGAACCAGGCGGUAGGAGUGAAAACGCAACAUUAGCAGUGGAAACUUUACUGUGAGUCAGUUCAGCGGAAGUGGAGCUCUAGAAAAGUUAGUGUGCGCAACAGGUGUCGAAUUUUUUUUGUAUGGUUGUGGUGUGACUCCUUAUUGAAAGUCUUUGAAGUGGUUUGGAUAGUGAGGAUAAGUUUUCGUCGAGUAGAAGAGUAACAACAUGUCAAACCUCCGACCCAGACUGUGUGUGCUGGAGAAAGGAUCCAGCGGCUACGGGUUCCACCUGCACGGAGAGAAGGGCAAGAGCGGGCAGUUUAUCAGGCUCGUGGAGCCCGACACACCCGCCUCAGCAGCCGGACUUCUCGCGGGUGACCGCCUGGCGUUCGUGAAUGGGGAGAGCGUGGAGGGCGAGAGCCAUCAGCAAGUGGUCGCCAAGAUACGGGUCACCACCGGGGCUCUAGAGCUUAUCGUCGUGGACGCCGAAACGGCUGAGCUGCUGAAGAAGCUCAACCUGGAGUGCCGGAAAGAAUUCGUUACGGAGGGGAUUCCCCAGCCCGGUGGGGACAGCGACUCAGACCGCGGGGACACACAAAGCAACGGCACCUCGAGGGAGGCCACCCCUGUCCCGCGUGAGAACGGGGAUGCUUCCUCGGAGAGGUCGGACAGGCUGAGCGUCAGCUCCAGCACCAAGGAGGAGAAAGACGGGCUGCGGCCUCGUCUUUGCCACCUGAAGAAGGGAGCCAGUGGCUACGGCUUCAACCUGCACAGUGAGAAGUCCAAACCAGGCCAGUUUAUCAGAGCUGUGGAUGAAGACUCUCCAGCACAGAGAGCAGGCCUCAGACCACAGGACAAGAUCAUGAAGGUGAAUGGUGUGUCAGUGAUUGGCAUGCAGCACUCAGAGGUGGUGGCAGCCAUCAAAGCAGGAGGAGACGAGACCACACUGCUGGUGGUCGAUGCCGAGACGGAAGAAUUCUUCCAGAGAUGCAACAUCCUGCCCACCGAGGAGCACGUGACUGGACGUCUUCCUGAGCCAGCGUCAGAGAGAGCAUCAGAGGAGGAGGAGGCGGCAGCAGAGAUGAAGCCCAAAGUGUCCGUGAGCUCGUCAGCCUCCAGUGCCUCCUCCAACGCCUCCCUGCCAGCAGCACCCACCCGCUCCCUCCCUCCACAGGUCGAGAGAGCCCCGGAGCCGGCCCCAGCUGCUGACGGCCUGGGUCUGGGCAUGUCACUGGCCCAGGCCAAAGAAAGAGCCCGUCAGAAAAGAGCCGCCAAGAAAGCUCCGUCCAUGGACUGGAGCAAGAGGAACGAACUGUUCAGCAAUUUAUAAUCAUCAUCAUCAUCAUCAUCGGGUCCAUCUCCUUCAGACUGUCUGACAGUCUCAGCUGCCCUGUCUGCUCUCUGGAUUUUGUUUUUACAUUGUCACACUGUAUGAAAGACAGCGUUCAUGUAGAACAUUUUAAACUCCCAUGUUGAACAGUAUUAUACGAUGAUUUUAUUUGUUUUAAUUUAGGGUUUUGCCGCUCUUUCAUGUUUUAAAUAAUGGUCGAAAUGUCAACGUCACGCACGGGAAUGAAUGUUAAUAUAUUACGAAGAAUGUUUAAAAGAGAAAAAUAGUAAUGUACAGUUUCUCAUAUGAAAAGGAGCAUGUAAGGACUAAUGGGGCAUAGGGAAACGAUAACCUGUUGGCAGAUUUUGAGUCAAAAGUUUAAAUCUAAAUGAAUGUCAGAUUUUGAUGUCUGCAAUCAGUAACUACAAUGAAAGAAUAUACAUUUUCUCUUGUCAGUAUCUGUGAAUGAACAAUGCUAAAUAACUCUCCUAGGCCCUUAUUGCCAACAUAACCAUUCCAUGACAAUCUGCUGUCCUGUUGGGACAGUGUUUGAACACCAUCAGUAUGUUAAAGUCUUGAGGGCUUUUGGGACUGUGUAGUUUUUAGAAUGAUGAAAGCUCUGGUAGCCUUACUGGAAACAAUUCUUCAUGUCUGUCCAGUUGUCUUUCCCUCCAGGGUUUCUGUCUAUGAUUCAAGGAAAUUAGAGUUUAUCUUUUCAUGUAGCUCUUGAUAGAUUUGUACAUACAUAAAUAAAUGAUUUAAGAAGAAAUGUUA